CGUCCACACAACGACGACGUACAAAACCAUGGCGCUGCCCCGUGCCACCGGCCUGGCGAGACAGGGUGCUCGCUUCUUGAGCGCAGCAGCAUCAAGGACAACGACGACGACGACGACGACCGUCCGGCCGGCAGCACCUUCGCGACCCGUUCUGCCAGCGAGCCUUGCAAACUGCACCUGCGUCGCCGUCAGACCCUUUGCCUCGUCCUCCGCGCUACAGAAGAAGCGCAAGAUUGCCCCGGCAGCCAACAGCCCAUCGCGCGCCGACGACAAGAACCCUUCUCACUCAACAUCAUCGUCCUCCUCCUCCUCGUCCUCCUCAUCCGCCGCCGAUAACAAUGCCGUCGAAGACCCCCUCGACUUCAGUGGCCUGAUCGCCGCGUACGCCCCCAUCGACGCGCACUUCAAGGCGCAGCUGCAGUCCGUCCUGCACGGCGGGCGCUUCAACCCGUCGACGCUCGGCGCGCUGCCCGUGACGGUCAAGUCGACCGAGCCCGCCGCCCCCAGCGGCAGCGGCAGCGGCAGCGGCCAGCACGACACGUUCCCGCUGCGGGAGCUCGCGCAGGUCGUGCCCCGGUCCGGACGCACCAUCUCGCUGCUCGUCAACGACCGCGCGUACAUCAAGCCCAUCAUGUCGGCGGUGCAGGCCUCGCGCGAGUUCAACCAGCAGCCGCAGCGCUCCGAGGACAACGACCUCGAGCUGCUGCUGCGCGUGGAACUCGAGCGCCGCGACGAGCUCGCGCGCCGCGUCAAGGAGGCGACGCAGGGCUGGCGCGAGAGGGUCCGCCAGGCGCGCACCCGUCACGACAAGAUGCUCAAGGAGGGGAAGCGCACGGGUGCCGUGCUGCCCGACGUGGUGAAGCGCGCAGAGAAGGAGCUGCAGAAACUGCAGGACAAGAAGAUGAAGGAGAUUGACGCCGAGGAGGCGCAGACGAUGAAGCAGCUAGAGAGGGGGAAUUAGAUGGCCAAAACCCGACAGAUCGGGGAUGGUUGUGUCUUGACACAGCUUGUUUUCCCUCGAUUUGAAAAUGUACUACUAUUACAACAUGAUGGCAGCCGCCGCUCCCUG